AUGUCGUUUUCACCCGUCGGGUCAAAGGAAUCGUUCCAACCGUCUACCAAGAUCCAACGAUUCCCUUCCUUAAGAGAAGUUCAUUAUGGCAUAACCCUUAGUUCUCGUAUGGCAAUGCUUGAACGGCGCUCACGUGAAAACGUCGGCUUGGGCCCCCCCACGUUGUUCCAUUUAGGCAAGCAUUGCAACGGCAACAGUCACGAGUUCAUCAAGAACCCAUUUGUGGUGGGGGAAUACAGACAUCAGAUACGUAAGGAAGACGAUGGAUUUGUGGGGUACUAUCACUAUGUCAACGGUUUGAAUGUGUCUGAGGGGUACGCAGCCAUAGAUCGGUAUAUAUUACUGGUUAUGGGCAUUCGUUCUGGUAGUGGAGGUAGUAGCUACUACUUCACUAAGGAAAGCUCCGAAACGUUUGCUAAUUGUCAUAACGAGUUGGUAGUGAGUGUGAACAUGUUCAACGUGUUCCACCAAACAGAUUUGCAUGCGAAAUACGUGUUCAGUUUCGGCAACACCCCGUCGUACAAGUCUCCUGUCACCAUUGAAAAGUCGUUCCACAUUGGCUCGUUCUCAGUUGAGGGAGGAGUCUAUAGUAAGGUGCUGAUGAGCACGAUGUCAGAGAUAAGUGUCCAGUCAUAUUGGAACGAAUUGUAUGCAUCGGAGAUCUUACGACUAGUUUUACAUUUGGAUAAUCCUUCGCUUCAGGUGUCCGGGUUGGUGUCGUUGCCCGACUGUCUUGAGGAUUCUGAACGAAUGAUUGAAGCAGUGCAUUGCUUGGUGUCGUUUCUUCCUCGAGGUUCUUCGACUGGUUCAAUUGCUUCUAAAGGGGCUUCCACGGGCAACGAUGAUGCGUCUACGUUGCGAUACCAGAAUAACUUGAUCCAAGCAUUAACCCGGAUUUGUGCUUCGGACGUUUCAGGUAAUGGCUCCAGUUACACCAUUGACCAAAUACGGAAGCAUUACCCCGUAGGGGAUUGGGAUUACGUGAUCUUAAAACUAUUAAAAGUACAACUAGGCUCAAAUAACGAGCAAUCGUUCAUCAAGUUAAUCCAUGACCAUUUGAAAUUGGACUCCAUAAGCACUCAACUGGCUUUAAUUAUGUUGGAGCAAAUUAACUUCCUUAUAAGCAGAAAACACUUUGAAACGGCAUUAUUACUUGCUAAACGAUGUGUUCAAUUACUCCCACUUUCCUUUGAUGCAUGGCACACCUUGGCCCUUUGUUAUAUUUUGUUGGAGAACUAUGAAAAGGCCCUCACAGUCAUGAAUGCCUGUCCGGUCUUACUUUCUUCCAGAAACCAGAAGACGGACUUAAAUGUCACUGCUGAUACUAAAGAUUUCUUUAAUUGGAUUUUUUUGGAAAGACUAAACACCGAAACCGAGGCCAUCUCCGAAACAACCUUCAAUUCUUAUUUCCCUCCGAUCCAAUCGUCACAGUCAGUUGAUCUUGCGUCUAUGAAAUCGCUUUGGAAAGACUUGUUCAUAUUCAAUUCCCAUAGAAGACAUCCUAUAUCUGGAAAUGUCUUUUAUCAGUCCCCAUUAACCAAUUGUACUCCGAAGGAACUCUCGUCGAUCUCCCCCAGCUUGAUAAACGUUUGUGGUCCAGGGAACUCCAAGAACCUUUUAUCGUCCCAAUCUUGUGGCUCUGCGUCCACUUCCAUAUUAACAUUUACUAGAGACUCCACUUGGGGGAGAUGCUAUUCCUUAUUGUCGAUAAUAGUUGCCAAAAUUGGCUGGGAUAGACUUUUACAAGUGAAGGAAAGAGCUUUUAAGCAAGACCCAGUGACUCCAAUAAAUAGUACUACAUUUGCUGCUGGACAUGGACAACAAGAUUACAUUGUUAAUCAUAAAUAUCUAGACACUAAGGAUAUAUGUGGAUCUUGGUUUGAAGAGUUGAUUACCAUACUUUACGAUGACUACAAUGUCCUCUACAAGUUAACGUACCAGCACACCAACCAUUCUGCUAUUGAGUGGGAGAUGUUGGGUUUAGUCGGGUGGAACUGCAAAUAUAACUUGAAGGAAUCGAUCUUAUCCUUAUUCACGAGUGUCAAGGCAUCGCAUCUUAACCAGGGAGAUUUCGACUACUUUGGUACAGUCCAAUUGUUGGAGAUUUACUAUGAGUUUGUUCUAAGUGAAGUUCUGUAUUCAAAUAUCGACUCUUACCACGACGAUUACAGUGAAACCUUCCUUGAUAACAAAUUGAUUCUACGAAAUGCAAAGAAGGAUGGAGUCUUGGAAGACUUUGUGGAGAUAAUUACGAAACAAUGUCUAACAUUGGACUUUAUACUUACUUUGAUUAUGCAACUAGUCAGUUGGAACGUAAGAUGGUACCAGCUUUCCCCAAAUUACUUGGUGGUUAAACUAUUGAACCAUCUUUGUUUGAUGCACGAUGUGUUGACCAUUAAAAGUCAGUUCCGAAUUCUUUUCGAACAGAACAAACAGGUAAAGAAGAAGGUCUAUAAGACAAGAUACACAAUUUCAUCCUAUUUUCUGAAUGGUGGUACAUCUUCAACAUCCUCAACGGCUGAAAAUGACCAUACAACAACAAACAAGCAAUUGGUGAUUCACGAACAAGAUACUAUACUUAUGUAUCUUGAGUCGCUUCUAGAUCGAAUUGAAAAGAAUAUUGAAGGAGUCUAA